GUGCUAGUUUCAACGUGCUAGUCUUUUCAUUGAAUAUUUUUCGAAAAAAAUAAUAAUAAUCAAGUUUCAGUUUUUCAUCUCCUGUAGUUGAUAUUAAAGCGAUAAUUUUGAUUGAAUAUGUGUGGUGUUUGCAAUUUUGAUUGAACUCUCAAUUGGAAGAAAAAAAUAUCGGCACGUGCAAUAUGCAUAUAUAUCUGUAGUGCUUCCAGUGGCUUCCACCUUUUUUUUCCAUUUGAAUCGCUCGUAUAUGGUUCUUAAUUGAAUUUUCCGCAUUGCAUUAAUAAACAUAACUAUAACUGUGAACGAGGAAGGAACACGGGAAAGUAUCGUUUUAGUGUGAGCACAUGCAAUAGUGAUUGAAUGGAAAUGAGUACAUUGGUCUGCCGCUACCAGAUCGUUGCAAUUUGUGGAAAAUCAUCCGCAUCACUUUGAUGUGUAUACAUCUGCUGGAAUUACAGUGCAACAUUAACUGCUGACGCAAAUAAUUUAAACGUACAAGAGAAUCAAUAGUAAUAUUUUUGGAUUCAUUAGUCGCAUGCUAUUAAAAAGAGCAUGACACUUGAUUAGGCACGCCGGACAGAAAUAGAUAAAACAUACGGAGACAGCAUUAUACAACGACCAAAGCAAAGUAAAUCCGUGCAGCUUGUGAAUAAGAGGGAAAAAAUAAACAGAGCUGUUUUACAAACAACAAAUAGACUAGAUAAAGUGUGUUCCACCAAAUAGAAAGUAUCAACGAAAGGAAGAAAAGAAAAGAGAAGAAGUAACAUACAAAAAUAGAAUUGCAGGCAACUUUGGAUGAUUGAUGUGGUGUAUCUAAAAAUAUGCACAAUUGUUAUCAGAACAUUGAAUCACAUGCACAUUGCUUGUUAAAAUGCAUAAUCAUUUUGCAAAAGUGGAUCCUGUUCUCGGUGCGAUACCAUUAAUUACGAGCCGGAAGAAGUCUUCCUGUGCCCCCAUAGAAUAAGUGCUGAUGCCGAUGCCGAUGCGCGGCGACUGCCAACUUUGAACACACACACACACUUUCUAUACAAAACGAACCGAAGGAAUUGUGUUGAACGAAUGAACAAACGAGCCGAAUUGGCAAGCGAACGAGAAAGUCCCAUUAUCACAAGAUAUGUGUGUGCAAACAAUAUACAGAAUGUGUACGCUCAUCAAUUUUUUUCGCUCUAGUAUUUACAUUGCCGCUUCAAAUACAACACACAACUUGAACUCGUGAAAAUGUUCAACGGUUUUUCAUCGGCAGCGACAGAGAGCAGAAAAUUAACAACGUUACAACAAGAACAUGUACAAUAUAAAUGUACGAUUUUUCCUACAAAGCGCGAAAACUUUGAAAAUAUUUGACAAUCAUUCACUAUUUUUAGAGUGCAAUAAAACAUUUGAACGGUGAAUACGAAAAAUAUUGGAUACUGUUGCUGCUACACAAACAACCAUUCAACAAACGGUUUAAAUUGAAACCGUCACUUUGCUAUCUUGAUUUAAGCGAUAUGGUGGAAAAAAUUACCCUCCAAAAGAGAAAAGUAAAACAAUUAACAUGAACAAAAAAAUCGGUAUUGUGCAACGAAAACAACAAAAAGUGACAUUCAUUUUUUGAGCUUAUACAAAAGAUAAAAAAUAUAUAUUAUAAUAACUGAAUCGCAUGUACAUUACAACAAUUACAUUGAAAAUCGAAUUGAGGAACGAGCAUUAUUGUCGCUGCAUUGUGUGUUGUUUUUAUCUCUCACGUGAGAACAUAUAAGUGGUGGAAUUGAAAUUUCUUUUUUUUUUGUUCAUGAGAGCUCAUCGUACACAGUGUCGCUGUUUAAAGCGAUUCAGUUUGUGUAUAAUUGCAAUUGGGCUUUUACCCAUUUUAAUCGUUUAUUUUUUGGUUAGCGAUCAACUUUAUUACCGAAUCAAACGGACCGACAAUGAGAAUGGCACUCAAUUUGUUGGCGACGACUCAAUGUCGCGGUCACUAUCACAAAAGGAAAUGGAAAUGAUUGAAGAGCGUAUGCGUCAACGUACGGUUCGUCUGGCACAAAAAUGCACCGAAUUCGGUUUGGAUAUUCGAAGAAAUGACUCAUUACAUCGACCAAAUUCGUGGGAAUUUUUGGUGAACAAACGCUACCAUUUGGUUUGGUGCAAUGUGUUUAAGGCGGCAUCCACAUCAUGGAUGUACAAUUUCAAUAUAUUAGCUGGAUAUUCGCCAGAAUUUUUGCGAAAAAGCAAUAUUGUGCCAUUGGAAUUGGCUCGCAAACGUUAUGAACGGGUUACAGUGACGCAGCUGGAGAAGGCAUUAAAUGUUUCGGUGUCAUUUUUAAUUGUGCGUCAUCCAUUUGAGAGGCUUUUAAGUGCCUAUCGUGAUAAAAUCAUGUUUGCCAUACCACACUCGCUGCACGAUAAAUUGGGCAAUAAAAUUAUUCGAAAAUAUCGAAAAAACCGACGACUUCGAGAGCCAAAGUGGCCAUUGUUUUCCGAAUUUGUGAGCUAUUUGCUCGAUGAAAUGUCGAAGCGAUCACCAAAGACCGAUAUGCAUUGGGUACCGAUCACUGAAUUUUGUACACCAUGCCAAAUUAAAUUCGAUGUCAUUGCAAAAUUUGAAACGCUCGACGAAGAUCAGCGAUUUCUCAUUGAACGUGCCGAUCUUCGACGUCACAUUUCACCACAAUGGAAAAAUUCAGGCAAAGGAAAAAACACACAAGAAUUAACUACAAAAUUUUUUUCCCAGUUGAGCAUGAACCAAUUGGAUAGACUUUGUGAUAUUUACAAAUACGAUUUGCAAUUAUUUGAUUAUGCUCCAGAACCAUUUUAUAAUAUUGUUAGAAAUGCAUCGAAAAAAGUUGUGUGAGCAAUAAAAACAAGCACAAACAAUUUAAAUUUUAUUUCAAGUUAAAAAAGACAAAAUAUAAAUGAUUUAAAAUAAAUUAGUUUAGCUGUAAUUGGAUUUUCGCUCACAAAAAUUUGGAGGAAAAAUUCAGAGAACCAUUCAUUAAGCAAAUAGAGCUCACACAUUUAUUAAGCAUAAACAAUGAAUAUGAAAAACAAAUGCUAUCUUAAUUAAAAAAAACUAAAUUUUACAAAUUGGACAUUUAUCAGAUAGUUUUUAAUUUAAUUUUGUAGCAUUUGAACCAAAUGAUACGAGUCAUCCAAAUCACCAUCAAAUCAACGUUUAAAAAUGACAUAUACACAAAUAAGCAAAUAGCAAAGAAUUUAGAGAGUAUAUCAAUUAUUUAGAAAAGAGAGAAACAACAACUAGUAAUAGCAAGUUAUCAAUUUUGUUCUUGUCUUACCAUUUAUAAACAUAAUCAAUUAAAUGUUCAUGUUAUCUUGAAUGACAUUUCAGUUUUCUUUUCUAGAAAAAUAAAACGAUCGAGUUUAGUGCUGUUGAUACAAAGCACUAUUGAAAUAAAUGGACAAUACAAAUAACGAGACAAAGAACAAAACAUUUACAAAUUGUGAAAACAAAAAAAAAAACACUUAAAAUUGCAAUUGAUAAUUUUAAAUGGUAGAUAAAGCACACAAUGAGAGAAAUUUUAUAUUUUUUAGACAAAUUCCAAAUAGAGAUUAUGUUAAAUCCCAUCAUUAUGCAUUCACGCAUUAAAAAUACGAUUUUUUUAAAAACGAAAUUUUUUUUAGUGAUUAAGUGUAUUUUGAACAAAUUGCUAAUUUGCAAAGAAGAAAGAAGCAAAUCGAUUAUAUCUGUACUUUAUUGGUGAACAUUUCACAAAAUUUUAAUGUGUAUUUAAUUGCAAAACAAAUUUCCUUCUAUUGAAUUGAUGCUGUUUCACACAUCGUUGAAUAAAUUUUCAAUGAAAAUGUACUUGUUUUAAACCAAUUUUUGCAAUUAUUUAUUGGUAUGGCGUAUAAAUUCCAUAUUCCAAAUAUAGACUCGAGUAGAACAUGCAUAUAUUGUAAAAAUAAAGUAUCUCAAUACACCGA